GCCCCUCAGACCCCCUCCGGCAUCCCCACAUCCCCACCCUCCCUGUGAUGUCAGAGGGCUCCGGCUUGGACCUCUGUGCCCUGCUCUGCCUGGCCCACGGUCACUCCCUGGCGACCUCACCCAGUGGUGUGUUUCAAGUGUCACCUCUGUGCCGGCAACGCCCACACUUCCCCCAGCCCAGACUGUGCCUCGAGCCGCAGACUCACAAACCCGGCCCCGGACGGACAUCACACCCCACAGACACCCCCACCCCGAGAUCCAAGGCCCCCCCAAAGGCGCCUCGCCCUGCCAGCUCAGUCCUCACCUCCCCCUCCCCACGCCGGUCCUCCAGCAAAUCUGCCGGCUGACUGGGCCUGACACCAGCAUCUUCCGCUGGUCCAUCUGUUCCCCUCUUGGCCCCGCCCACCCCAGUCCACUCUCCGAAUGGCAGGAGAACGAUCCUAUCCGGUAAAGCAAGCAGCGGUCCCUGCCCUCCCAAAUAAAGCGAAUAAAGGCCCAGCGGCACGCCGCGCCCCCAGCCCCCCACCCCGGCUGCUCCCUGUCACCUCCUCGGAGAGGCGCCCGCCUCCCUGGCCCCUCGCACCAGUCAGCUCUGUGGUCUCCCUGAGCCCCGUGGGUGCCCCCCGCCCGACGUCACAGCACACCACCCACAAAUACCUCAGGAUGAGCCUCUAGCGGACAAGGCCGCUUCUGCUUAACGCGGUAGUGUUGUCACGUCCGGAAAAGGCAGGGGCUCCUCAGCAGCGCGGCAUCCAACGCCCACACCCCACCAGCUCCAGAGCGGUCGUUCACAGUCUCCUGCCAGCAAGGUCCACCCAGUGCAGCUGGCUGAUGUUUCUCUCACGUCUCUUUCAACACAUGGUGUCCUGAUUUUCCGUGAGACUUAUGCUUGAAGAAAUUCAAUUGUUUUGCCGUUUUCCUCAUUUGGGGUUUUGCUGGUUGCGCCCCCAGUGCCUGCGUUAUUUUUCUCCAGGGCAUUCGCACCUUCUGUGCUUUAAAAAAAUUGCUUUCUGUUCCUUGUCCGUAACGCCUGCUGGAGCGGGAGCCCCAGGCAGAGAGCUGUCUUGGGAACUGUACCCCAGCGCCUAGAAUGAGCUCACGCCGCUGGGCCGGGGACCCUCCUCCCUCCCCCAGGUGACCAGCCUGAGGGUGUUUGUGUCAGUGCUGGAUGUCAACGACAACCCGCCCAGGUUCCCCUUUGUAGUCAAGGUCCAAAGGGUGCCAGAGGACACUAAAGUGAAUGCCGUCGUCAUCCCCGAGACAGAGCUGAAGGCCCAGGACCUCGACAAAGAUGACGUCCUGUUCUACACCCUCCAGGAAGCGACCCCGGUGGCCGAACAUGACCUUCCAACUGCUGGUCCGGGUGAGCAGGCCACUCCCGCCCUCAUCCCGGACGCCCACGGCCCCACCCGAGCCGCUCCAGCCACAGGCCCCCAGGCCUGACGGCAGGGCUGCGGUGCUGCAGGACACGCGAGAGGAGAACGUGGAGCCCAGCCACACGGCCACAGCCACCUUGGUCCUGGAGGUGCGGCCCGCCGACCUGCGGGCCCCCUGGUUCCUGCCCUGCACGUACUCUGACGGUUUUGUCUGCGUCGAAGCCCAAUACCACGGGGCUGUGCCCACAGGCCACACACUGUCAGGACCCCUCAUCCUGCAUCCUGGGCCCAUCUACGCCGUGGACGGGGACCGGGGCAUCCAUCAGCCCAUUGUGUACAGCAUCAUCAGGGGAAACGAGGAUGGCUCGUUCUCCAUUGAUGCCAACACAGGCAACCUCACCAUGACCAAGAGCAUCCCCAGCCCCAAGACCUUCCUUCUGCUGGUCAAGGGCGAGCAGGCGGAUCACGCCAGGUACUCGGUGACCCAGGUCACGGUGGAGGCCCAGGCCGCCAGCGGGAGCCCGCCCCGCUUCCCCCAGAGCCUGUACCGCGGCACCGUGGCGCUCGGCUCUGGGGUAGGCGUGGCCAUCAAGGAUGCAGCUGCCCCCUCCCAGGCUCUGAGGAUCCGGGCCCAGGAUCCUGAGUUCCCAGACCUCAACUCGGCCAUCACGUAUCGGGUCACCAACAACUCUAACUUCCGGAUGGACGGGGAGGCCAUGCUGACUGACGCUUCGCUGGUGCACGCCGGGGUCUUCUACGCAGAGGUUGAGGCCAGGAACACGGUGACCUCAGGCACAGCGACCACGGUCGUGGAGGUUCAAGUCUCAGAACAGGAACCCGCCCCCACAGGCCCCCCCCCGUCCCCAGAGACAGCAGGAACAACCGGAGCCUCCAGCGGCACCACGUCGGAAGCCCCUCGGCCCCCUGAGCCCUCUUGGGGGUCCUCCACGACCAGCUCUGGGGGCGACAGCAGCCCGCGCCCCUCCUCAGGCACAACUCUGAGGCCUCCGGCCUCCUCCAUGCCUGGGGGGCCCCCCAGUGCGGGAACCAGCCCCUCCUCGCCGUCAGCCUCACCCAGUGGGGGCUCAGCACAGACCUCAAAGCCAGGAACCUCUCUGCCAAUGUCCCCUGGACCCAGCAGGACCACCCGGCCUACAGGCCUAGCCUGCUCUUCGGGUGUCCCGAGCUUGCCCCAGGCUGGCCCGGGAGUGCUUGCGGUGGGACAGCAAGCGGGCAGCGGUGUUGCCAGCAGGGACGCCUGGGACCGGAGGAAGCAGCCCGCCAGUGGGUGGCAGGCCAGACGCAAGCCGCUUCUCGGUGGUGGAUAUGGCGGCGCUGGGCGGGGUGCUGAGCGCGCUGCUCCUUCUGGCUCUCAUCGCCCUCAUAGUCCUCGUCCACAAGCACUACGGCCACCGACUCAAGUGCUGCUGUGGCAAAGCGCUGGUGAGGCCCUCGGGGUGGGGGAAAGGACAGGAGAGAGGACGGGGGGCGGUGGAGAAGCGGCAGGAUGGAGAGAGAGGCAGCGUGGAGGCCGGGAGUCCAUCCGGGAGAUGCAGGGCAGAGGUGAGGAGGGACGGGGCAUACACACCAUAGCCCACAGAUGGGGGGAAGGGCAGAGAGAGGCAGAGCGUCUAGCCACCUGUCUCUGGGGGAACAGGGGUGGUCUGAGCCCAGGCCUGGUCUGGUUGAUUGCUGGUUCCCGCCUGCCCCCCAGGAGCCCCAGCCCCAAGGCUUUGACAACCAGGCCUUCCUCAACAACCCCGACGAGGCCAGCUGGGCGCCGGCUCCUAGCCCCUCAUCCAGUCCCGUCCCGCCGGCUCCCCCAGAGCCUGCACCCCCAGAACCCAAGCCCCCCAGCCCGGAGACCCUCCGCCGAGUCGCCGAGUCCCCUACGGUGGCCCUGGAUGGGGACGGCCCGGCCGCUGUGAGGUCCAUCCUGACCAAGGAGCGGCGGCCUGAGGGUGGCUACAAGGCGGUGUGGUUCGGCGAGGACAUCGGGGCCGAGGCCGACGUGGUGGUCCUCAACACGCCUGCCUCGGAAGUGGACGGUGCUGGCGACGA